GAUAAUAUGCGGUCCGUUGUUGAGACAAGUUUGUUAGGAAGUUUCGCUGAGUCAUUUGUACGGAGAACAUUAAUUUUUUACGAACAUUUGAGUAUUUAUUUUGAAUAUUUGAUUUAAUUUUCGUGAUUCUCGUUUAUUAAAUCGAAAUAUAAAAUCUGUAUCAAUGGAAAGAAUCGAUCCGAUCCCGUUUUCCAUUCGUAUUUUUGCUUAAUAUUUUCAACUUUUCAUUGUGUUUGUAAUCUUCUCGUGUAACUGUUUGUUGUAUGGUGCAAUUGUGAAAACAACUUUGAACUUGCUGUAUUUAGCGAUAAUCAAAAAUGUAUUCAUAGAAUGCGUUUUUUGGUGCAUACCUCUCCGGAAUCAUUUCGAUUCGAAAUUCAUUGAAUUGGUGAUUGAUUGAGAUUAAUUUUUAUAAAGUAACCCAUUAAGAUGUUCAAUUUGAAGAAAUAUUUCACCGACGAAUUAUUGCAGGUCGCAUUAAUUCUUAGUUUACUGAGAAUUGAUCGACGCUCAUUGGAGUACGAUGUACCGGUAAUUGGUAUCGGUACCAAUAAUCUAACCAGUUCCUGGGAUCAGUCUAAUAUUUUAGUCAGAAGAGAAGGAAAUGUACAUCCAAAAAGCAUCGAUUCUGUUUUACUCAACUAUGAACAAGAAGUGUUCCACGAGUUAAACUCGUUAGGCAGAUAUAAUACCAUAUUCGAUAGCUUAAUAUCGAGGAAUUUGACCGCAUACUUGUUGAACGUCGAUGAACAACGCACUACCGUCGAAACGAAUGAAGAAGCUGCAUCAUCAGUUUCAACAACGACAAAUUCAGAACCCCCUAGUGACUUGGACCCUCAUCGAAAACAUAACUCAAAAAAAGCCAUAGAUGAUGACCAGUUAUCACCAGAGGAUUUGGACGUAAUAGAAACACUAUGGAAGUACGAUGCCGAAGUAGAAAAUGCAGAGCUUUCCGAAGAUGUCUUGGAAACUGGAAGUACGAGCGGGACUGUGUCUCCUCCGGACGAACCGUAUGCUCCAGAUGGAUCGCCUUCCAUCACGCCGGAAAAUUCGAGCCCUUCGGAUGAACCAGUUCCUAGAAAUAGUUCCAAUGCGUCGAGUCGCAGGAAAAUCCAAUCCGAUGAGACCAACAAGAACGCCAACGACGGAGAAUUUACCAAAAAAUUAUUCCAUGAUGAUUUGUUAGAUUCAGAUCCGUGGCUUGGUGCAUCUUCUAGUUCAGCUUGGUUUUCCGACCGAGCAGAACGCCGUGAAGAAGACAGAGACUUAGAAGAGGAGGCGAGUUACAAUGGAGACUAUGAAGAUAGCCUUUUACCACCCGAACUUUUCGGUACCGAGUUUUCUUUGGAAGAAACUCUUCAAUUGAUUGAUCUGAAUGAAGUUGAUCAUUGUCAGGUCGACUUUUGGCAAUCAUUGUCUUCUAUUAAGACUGAAACAGAUACCGCAGAGUUUGAGGAGAAAAAAGAAAAAGAAGAAGAAGAAAUUAAAGAAGAUCCGGGUAUCGAAGCAGAUUUCUUUGAUGAAGAAGAGUUGGAUUUGUUUUCAGACAUGAUUCAUGCUCCUGCUCCGCAGUAUCAUUCUCGACCUCUGCAGAGUCGAGUAAUCUCACCGUACGUGCGAACCAUGGGUAUGGAUCACAGAUGGCAAGAUUUCGCCAGCAUGAUGAAUUUCCCCGAUUCAAACCACGCGUCCGCAUAUCACCAUCAUCACCAUCACUACCAUCAUCAUCAUCCGUCCGCUACGACGAAUUAUUCAUCGGUCGGAUCAUCGUAUCCGUCUCAUCAUUUGCAACUUACGUCACCGACCGAAAGUAAUUCGAGAAAUGCCCUUUUACAUAGUAAUUCUACAUUGUCUACUUCGUUGACCGAUCUGAACAGCACCAGCGCCACCGCAUCGUAUUCUGCUCUGAAUAAUAGUUGCAGUAUAGGCACGACUGUGGCAAAUUCGAUGAAUUUAACCAAUAACACGGUAACGGAAACCGUUAUCACUACGGACAACACGGGCCCGGCAUUUAAAGCAGAACCCAAUCACCAAGAGUCUAUUUAUCCUUACCAAAAUAGCUGUGCAGCUGAAAUGAAUCACUCUACAGAAGGUUUUCUAUCUUCGAUUUUAAAUGACGAAGAUCUACAGUUGAUGGAUAUGGCCGUGAAUGAAGGCAUGUACACGAUGCGAAUGCUGGACAACGGAUGCAGCACAGUUCAAAAUUGCAUGGAACGCGGUACCGAUUCUGAUAGUGCUGUGAGUUCAAUGGGUUCAGAAAGAGUUCCAUCGUUAUCAUCGGAUACAGAAUGGAUGGAAACUAAUUCGGAUUCCGGGCAUACGCCAGCUGAUCACUACUCUUCCGAUUACUGUAACAAGUACAGAUGGUAUGAUAGCUAUAUGUAUGCUGCACGAGGGCACUCAGCUGGUGAAAAUUCGCCGAACAGCACUUCUUCGAGAUUAUCUCAGAUACCGCAGAAGAAAUACCAACUUUACGGUAGAAGAUGUUUCCAAGAUCAAAAUACGAAUAAUCAUAUUAUGCAUAAUCAUACGUACCAUUUGCCGCCCGAGUCAAUAAACGGUGCUAGUGGAACUGUACAAAAAUCUAUUUAUAAGGAUAAAUUGAAAUCUAAGUCAAGUCGUAGAAGCGAAGAUGAACAAUUAACCAGAGACGAGAAGAAAGCUCGUAAUCUUGGUAUUCCUAUUCCCGUAUAUGACAUUAUUAAUUUACCAAUGGAUGAAUUUAACGAAAGAUUAUCCAAAUAUGAUCUCUCUGAAACUCAAUUAUCGUUAAUUAGAGAUAUUCGAAGAAGAGGGAAAAAUAAAGUGGCAGCUCAAAAUUGUCGAAAACGAAAAUUAGAUCAAAUUAUGAGUUUAGCAGACGAAGUCAAACAAAUGAAAGACAGAAAAACAAAAUUACAUUCUGAAAGAGAUUUCUUGAUUUCCGAGAAACAAAGGGUUCAAAGUAGAUACUCACAGCUUUAUAGGCAUAUAUUUCAGUCUUUAAGAGAUCCAGAUGGCAAUCCUUUUUCUCAUGGUCACUUCAGUCUGCAACAGGCAGCCGACGGCUCUGUUAUUCUAGUUCCGAAAAAUAACUCAUCUGAUUUUCCCUUAGAACACGAUAUAUCUUCUGCUCAUCAUUCAAGAUCGAGAAGUAAAGAUCAACGUAAACCGUGAUUAUUACAGUGAGUUGUAAAAUGUUAUUCUAAGGUUUGCACAAGUUAAAUUAUUCGUGUUUUUUUUUUUUUUUUACUUAAUCGCUUUUGUUACUAUUUUGUUUUCUUUUGUGUUGUUAUUCGUUAAAUUGGAAAGGAUUUGCGUGUAAAAUGUAAAGUAUAAGCUUUAUAUUUAUUAUUAUUUUUGUUUUCGAGCCAAAAGGUAAAAAUGAUUAAAAUAUGAUGAGGGUUCAAGGGAUGAUAUUUUCUCAAUUAGGAUUAAAUUUCCUAAUUAAUUAAUCGAGUCUUAUAAAUGUACUUUAUAUGACUUGUUUUACGAUUAUUUUAAUAUUUUAAUCGUAUCUGUGUGCGUUCAAAACUUGAAAAUUGUGUUUUUUUUAAUCCAGUGUUGAAAUACAUACGUCGAUCUAGCCGAAUUUUGUGAGUCGGAAUAAGUAUGCCAAUAUUCUAUCUUUUGGUGGGAAUAUUGACUCAACAUUAAUCGAAAAGUCUCGAUUAGAAAAAAAAAAAUUAUUUGCCGGGAAUUAAACACUGGAUGGGAGUAUUUCAUGUUCAAGUUGAAAAAUGUAUUAUAGCUGUAAGCUGUCGUGCUCAUUCGAUGAUCUCUUAUUUUUUAUUUUUCUCCUUGUGUGUAUGGUUUUCAAAUUACACUAAAGAGGACAAUAUGCAGUUUUUUUUUCAUUCGCGUUUGAAUACAUUUUGUACGAAAUUUUCCUACAGUUUUUUCUAUUCUGAUAUUAAUUUUUUUCUCAUAAAAAGAAUGAUAUUUUCCUCAUAUUUUUGAAAUUCAACCGAGUGUAUUGAAGCUGUAUUAUUAUUUUGAAAAAGAGAAAUUGGUGGUAGUUUUUUUUUUGUUUACAAAUUAGAAGACCUUUUUUUUUUUCAUUUUUUUUAUUUUUAAACAUGACAAAUAACGUGAAGGAAGUAACUUAUUCAAAUAAUUGCGACGGAUAUCGUUACUUUCAUGUUAUUGUUAUGAUUGGUACCUGUAUCGAAUGAAGUAUUGAAGUUUUUCUAAUGACUCAAAAUCUCAAAUACAAAGAAUUGAUUAAAAUUAUUUUUCCACUUUUUUUUUGUAAAAAUCCAUCUUUGUAAUUGAGUAGUUCCUUUUUUGUGUAAUUUUUGUAUAUAAUAAUUAUUUAGUUCCUAAACACAAUUUUACAACAAAAAAAAAGUUCGAAUUAAGUAUGUGGGAUUAAUUCAUGUAAAUGAAUAUGAUUGGAUUUGUGUGAAGGUAAAUGAAUUUACCUCUCUAAGUUACAGAUUUUUUCGUUUUUCUUUAUGUAAAUUUUUUUGAUGCGUAAAUUAAGUGAUCUUAUUAUGUUUGCUAUUUUGAAAUAUAGAGUUACACGAACUAUAUGUUUAUUUUUGCGGCUAAUGGUUUUGAGAAAAUAUGAAUAAUUUAUUUUUAAUAACAACAUUGUUUUAUUUGAUUUAAUUAUAUGACCAGGUGACUUUUCCAUAACGAUUGCGCUGAAUAAUUAUAUUCUUAUUUAUUCGUUUUUUCUAUAUCUUUUUCUCUUUCUGUCUUUUUUUAUCCAUUUUUCUCUAAUAAAUUUUUGCAGUAAGUACUGGGAAAACAGUAUUUUUCGUACCAUGUUUAUUAUUAACGGUUGAUAUGUUUUUCUUCUAACCUGAUGUAAUUUAUACUUUCUUUUAUUGUACAUUGUUUAACAUGAAUUGUCAAUAUUGUAAAUAAAAUAAGUUUUUUCGCAUAAA